AUGAAUAAAGAGAGGUGAUAAAGAGGAUGCUAAUAUUGUGCCACCAAGGUUUGGUUGCGUUGGCAAAGUGUAAGAAAGAGAACCAGUGUUUUCCCAUCUCUUCCAAUCUGUUCACCCUUCACCACACUCUUCAAAUUUGGUAACUUUCUGUUAAAUUACAUUAUCUUUGGUCUAUCUUUUUCUUGAGUGCUAUAUUCUCUCUUUUUGUUUUCUAAAUUUUCCUAUAUUUACUAUCCUAUAAAUAAACACUUCCAAAACACAGUUACUGUUGUAUUGGGUGGCUUUUGACUCCUCCUCCGACUUAUUAUAUCCUUCACUCCCAAUCUAUAUUUAAGAACCAACCUCCACUCUUCUUUCUCUGCUUCCUUACAACCCUCCAACCCUCUCUUUCUCUUUCUCUCUCUCUAUUUGUUUUUUAAGGUUAGCCUUAGCUCUCUCUUCGGUUGUGUCAGGAAGAAGAAACAUGGAAGCACCAGAGGAACUCUCUCUGGGGGGGUCCAAAGAUCACGCCAACAUUGUCAAGGGGAAAAGAACCAAAAGGGUCAGACCACAAUCCCCUGUCCCCUUCUCUGUCACCGCCAAUUCCUCCACCGGAGAAGGAGAAAGAGAAGAUUGUUGCAAUGUUCAUGACAACACCAACAACAACAACAAAAAUUAUGAUAUUAAUAACAACAUCAUCAUCAACAACAUCAACAACUCUCCCACCACUUCUUCUGCAGGAUUACAAGACAGCACGGAUGAAGAGGAGGACAUGGCCAAUUGCCUCAUCCUUCUGGCACAAGGACAAUCUCGGGAAUCUCCAAAACAUGUCGAGGAAGAUGUGGGAAUGAACUACGCCAAGUACAGCAGUAGGAAAUUCUUGGAGGCUGCUACCUUGGGGUCUAGCAGGGCAGGGUACUAUGUUUAUGAAUGCAAGACAUGUAACAGAACUUUCCCUUCUUUUCAAGCACUCGGAGGCCACAGGGCCAGUCACAAGAAGCCUAAAGCAAUCCUGCCCAUUGCCCAAGACAAGAAACACCAACACCUUUUGUCAUCGGAUGAGGACGACUUUCAAUUCAAGCCCAACAAUAAAUCAUCAUUUUCCCUUCAACUCGGUACAAAGCCCAAUUUAUACAACAAAUCCAAGGUGCACGAGUGCUCCAUCUGUGGUGCUGAAUUCACAUCGGGCCAAGCACUGGGAGGCCACAUGAGACGCCACCGCGCACCGGUUGGGAUCCCCACCACACUCUCCUUCACCCCAUUGGCUCUGGAACCGGAAGAAGAUCACCCCAGAAAGAAAAGGAAUGUCUUGAACUUGGAAUUGGAUCUCAAUCUUCCCGCCCCAGAAGAUGAUCAAAGAGAAUCCAAGUUUUCCUUUGCAUCCAAGCAACAACAACAACAUGGACAACAGAAACAACAGCAACAACAACAACCACAACCACAAACAAGUCUUGUCUUAACUGCCCCAGCUUUGGUGGAUUGUCAUUACUGACAAGGUUUAGAUUGACAUCUGACAUCGAAACUGUGGCUGUGUGAAAUUUUCGCGAUACAUGUGUUGUCUGUGAUCUGAUUUUUCUUUUUGGUUAAAUUUUUUGAUCCAUACAUUUAUCAAAAAUUACAUGACAUGAUUCUUUUGA